AUGCUGACCGCUCGUCUCAUUUGUGCUCGUGCUUCCGCAGCCAACGCCGUCUUCUUCGCCUCGUCUAGGAACUUCUCCAGAACAACAUUCGUCAUGGCAGGGGUAAGUAUAGCAGUUACCUAUUGGUUACCAAUACCUAUGCGUUCGCCAGGUUCUAGAGAUGUAGACCGGGUUAUGUGGAUACCUUAGUU